UGCAGCAGAGACGGCGAGCGGGGGACACAUGAUGUGCCAGCUCUUUGUAACAACUUAGCAAGACGGACUUUCACACUGGAUCACUGCCCUGUAGGCAAGAUGUGCAUCACUGCACCUCAAUAACAUCAAGUGCUCACUUAAUUGACAGAGGCUGUGAGUGCUAUCUGUCCGUCUGGGGAACACAUCUCAUACUGGGAAGGCAAGGGCUCUGCAUCGGCUGGUGAUGAGGACCUGAUGCUGACGGAGCUGUCCGCAGUGCUGAAUUCACCCAGCCCAUCUCCGCUUUGGAUUUUUAAAGUUUGUUGGAUGGAAAGUGCAGUGAGUGAUCUGGAUACAACUAUUGGAUAAUCCUGCGACGUUAUCUCUGGUGGCUUCUGACUGAGUGCACAGGACUACGCAAUGUGUCGAGGGUGAUCAGCCGAAGAGCAGAGACGUUGGUGCCAAGUUUUCAACCUUUCAAGCCUUGACAUUACCAGUAGCAGCUUCUCACUGCAAAGCUUCCUGUUAAACAUUGGGAGAUAGUAUUAUAGAAGAACUAAGACGCUCCGAUGUUGUCAUGGCUGGUCUACUAGAAUUCUGGACCAGAUGGUUGAUCCUUGAGGAACACAGAAAGUGAAAGAUGCCAUAGAAGAUGAUAUGCUUCAGUAUUUCUCUGGUGACCUGCAAAAUGGACAGGAUGAUGCUUCUGUAGCCGGUAGUACUUCAUGCCUGGAAAGCAUCUCUAAGGAAGAGCCAUAAAUUACCUGGAGAAGCUGUGGUAGGAGAUGGCACAUGUAUUUUUUUAGUGCUAGGAUAGUCAAUCUAGGGUUCGUUUUUCCAAUAGUUUACCGGCUCUGAAGGUUGGCAGAAGAAAAGAAAAAAAUAGGAGAUUUUUCUACUCUUUCACUCGAGCUCUAAAUGCUUCUCACUGUCAUGGCAAUCUGGCUUCCCAGAAAAGGAGAAAUGUCUUUCCCUCUCUGAAGUGUGUGGGAGACAACUAGUUGCUUGUGUGUUAUUAUCGUACAUUGGUUCUAAGGAGGUUUCUGUUUCUGAUUUACAAAGGGAGGCAUGGAGCGUUAAAAUGACUGUCAUUACUUUUUUGCUCUUCUGCCUAUAAGAUUGAUGCGUAAGUAAGGAUGAACAUUUAAGACGGAGACAGCGAGAUAUAUUAUACUGGGGUAGAGAAGAGGGUUCACUUAGUUUUCUGGCUGUGAUACUGACUAACGUGCCAUGCCAACUUUGCCUCUGGUCUAGCAGCCAGCUUGGGUCUUGCUGGGCUAUUGCAUUUUAGCUAGCAGUCUGGGCAUUCCUUUGACUGAAUGAAUGAGGGGGUGGUGGUACCCAGCUGUGCUGCCGAUGCCCAGUGCGAGAUGCCCCCCUGCUGGUGAGUCCCUGGGGGUGUGUCAUGACUCGAGAAGAGAGGAUCCGGGCUCCAGCUGGCAGCUGCCCCUCAGGUGCAGUCAGAAGAGAUGCCCAGACAGUGCCACCCAGAUGUUAUACCCAGACACAACAACGCCGUGCCUUAUUGUUGCCCACUUUAGAGCACACCAAGCUGCAUGGCCUAAAAUACAUAUGCUCACCAAGGUUGGCAUUUCAGCGAAGAGCAUUUUGGUUCCUUGCCUUCUUCACAUCGUUGGGACUCUUACUGUCUUGGUCAUCCAACAGGUUGCUUUACUGGUUGUCCUUUCCAUCUCACACACGGGUACAACUGGAAUGGAGCAAGGAACUGGCCUUUCCAGCUGUCACCCUUUGCAACAACAACCCUGUAAGAUUUCACCGUCUCAGCAAAAGCGAUCUCUAUUUUGCGGGUUACUGGUUGGGCCUCCUCCUGGCCAACCGUACAGCUCGUCCACUUUUAUCGGAGUUACUGCCCGAGGACAAACAGAAGUGGUUCCAGAAACUGGCCGAUUUCCGGCUUUUUCUGCCACCUCGGGACUUUGAUGGGAUCAGUGUUGGAUUCAUGGACAGACUGGGUCACCAGCUUGAGGACAUGCUGCUUUCUUGUAGAUAUCGGGGAGAGGCCUGUGGCCCACACAAUUUCUCCACCGUAUUCACAAAAUAUGGUAAAUGUUACAUGUUUAAUUCUGGACACGACGGCCGUCCUUUGCUGACCACGGUAAAAGGAGGGACUGGAAAUGGCCUAGAAAUCAUGCUGGACAUCCAGCAAGACGAGUACCUUCCUAUCUGGGGAGAGACAGAAGAAACCACAUAUGAGGCGGGAGUAAAAGUGCAAAUACACAGCCAAUCUGAACCGCCAUUUAUCCAGGAGUUGGGGUUUGGCGUGGCCCCUGGAUUCCAGACCUUUGUGGCAACUCAAGAACAGAGGCUGUCGUACCUCCCCUCUCCAUGGGGUGUUUGUCGAUUUUCCGAUCUGGGUUCAGACUUUUUCCCAGUAUACAGUAUUUCAGCAUGCAGGAUCGACUGUGAAACCAGAUACAUUGUCGAGAACUGCAACUGCAAAAUGGUACACAUGCCAGGUGACGCACCGUUCUGCACACCGGAGCAGUAUAAAGAAUGUGCAGAGCCGGCCCUGAGUUUACUUACAGAGAAGGACGGAAGCUACUGUACCUGCACAAUGCCCUGCAAUCUCACCAGAUACAACAAGGAGCUGUCCAUGGUGAAAAUCCCCAGCAAGACGUCAGCCAAAUACUUGGAAAAGAAGUUCAACAAGUCGGAAAAGUACAUUUCGGAGAAUAUACUUGUCCUGGAUGUGUUCUUCGAAGCUCUGAACUAUGAAACCAUAGAGCAGAGGAAAGCAUACGAGGUGGCCGGGCUCCUUGGUGACAUUGGGGGUCAGAUGGGACUGUUCAUAGGUGCCAGUAUUCUGACUAUCCUGGAACUAUUUGACUACAUUUAUGAGCUGAUAAAAGAGAAGCUGUUAGAUCUCCUGGGCAGAGACAAUGAGGAAGGAAGACACACUGAGGAUCUGAGUACCUGUGACAACAUGCCAAACCAUUCAGAAACCAUUAGCCACACUGUGACGGUGCCACUGCAGGCUACGCUGGGGACACUGGAAGAAAUUGCCUGCUGACGCCUUGAAAACAUUCUCUUUAUUUUGUGCCAAAAUUAUAGUGGACACAGCAUGGUGUGUGGAGAGGGAUCCCACAAAGGAUCCUGGGAGAAAGGAGAGGAGACUGAGAGAAAUCUGUAUACUGCCAACUGUACACAGCCCUGCAUGCCUGCAG